GUCAUCCCAAUGAUAACUUUUGGACAUUGUAUCCACACGUACAUUACUUGAUAAUUAAGUAAAACAAAUGAUAUAAUCACUUUUAAUAUUGAAGAGAGGACAUCCAUUUUUAUCAUCAUGAAAUCGUUGUUUUUAAUAAGCUUGGUAGUUGCAGCAUGCAGUGCUAUCGAUGAUGUUUCAAAUGUUCGACAGGAUUUUAAAACAUCAACAAUAAAUGCCUUAAACGAACAGAUCGUGAAAGAACUCCAGGCCAGCUAUAUUUACAAAGCAUAUUCCCAGUACUAUGCUAGAGCUGACGUAUCCCUGCCUGGGUUUGCCAAGUUUUUCUCUAAAGCGUCCAAGGAAGAGUCGGAGCAUGCUGAAAAACUGAUGGAUUACCUGAAUCAGAGAGGGGGUGAAGUCAAACUACAAGAUAUAAAGUUGAAUGAUGUUUGUGAUGUGGUGUCAGAAGAACUUGGAAAACAUUCUGGUAUAGAAAAUUCAAGAACAAAAGCAUGUAUGUGUUACUUCAUGGCAAAAUCUCAAACAUGGAAUUUGUGUCAGGAUAGAGAUGAAUGGUACAAUGGAUUAAUGGGAAUGGAAGAUGCUUUAGUAUUAGAAAGAUUUGUCAACCAGAAAUUAUUAGAUCUCCACAAAGCCACGGAGAGCGAUGCUCAUCUUUCCCACGUUCUGGAACAUGAUUUCUUAGAUGAACAAGUCCAUUCCAUAAAGAGCAUAGGUGACACAGUGAAACAGUUGAGAAGAGUAAAGAAAGGUCUUGGAGAAUAUUUAUUGGAUGAAAAAAUGUAAAAUCGUAAACCUCUUUGUAUAAAUAAUAGAUGUAUUUAUUUUUGUAUUUAAAACAAUAGACAGAAUAUUAUAAACUGUCUAACCAGGUUUGCGAGGAACUUCAUAUAUGGAAAAUACUUAAAAUGUGUGCUGUAAUAGUUUGUUGUCAGUCAGCAUUGAAUUUUUGUUUGAAAUUUUUGCAAAUUCCAUUUUUUUCUUCUGCCAUUUCAAAAUUACUAUUUAACUGUUUUUCAUAUGUAUAACUGCUAAAGCUAUCAGAGUUUCUGCAUCAAAAUACUAUACUUUGUAGAUCACAUUAAUUUUACAGCUAGUUGUUCAAACAAAGGUUCAAAGGAAUGGAAAAUUUAAUAGGAAACAAUCUUUAUAGUUUGAUGGUGUAAUUAAACCUUUAAUAAAACAUGAUGAAGAAGAA